AUGGGGUCCAUUCUAGACUUCAUGCCAGUGCAAGGAAAUGACAGGGUAGCCUGUGCAACUCACAUGCUGAGGGACGAUGAAAGAAUCUGGUGGGAAGUUAUCUCCCAGGCAAGAGACGUUACUGCAAUGACUUGGGCAGAAUUUCAGCAAGCUUUUAAAGACAAGUACUACAAUGCAGCAAUACGGGCAUCAAAGGUGAAUAAGUUUGCCACCUUGACUCAAGGGAACAUGACAGUGACAGAGUAUGUACUAAAGUUUGAUAGACUUGCCAUGUUCGUAGGAGAUUUAGUGCCAACCAAUGCAACUAGAGUAGAUCGGUUUGUUCGAGGUUUAAAACCUAUGAUAGCUAAAGAUGUGGAGAUUGUAUCAGUAGGGGGCAACAUUACAUAUGCCCAGGUUCUGGAAAUGGCUCUCAUCGCUGAAAGAAUGGAAGACAGAACUUGGAAGGAAUGUGCUACUAAAAUAAAGGCAAGGAAGAACGACUCCCAAGGUCAUAAUGCUAAUGAUCAGAAAAGGAAAGGAAGUGACCAGGCAGGCCAAUCAAGCCAAGAUAAGAGGGCCAAAGAUAAUAAGGGAAAUCAUGGCAAUGGUAAUAAGGAAUGGGUACGGUACCUAGAAUGUGAUAAAUGUAAGAAACGUCACCAAGGAAAAUGUCGGGCAAACUCGUGCUAUGGUUGUGGCAAGGAAGGAAACAUCAGGAAGAACUAUCCACAGAAGACUCAGGAAGGGGUUAAAGAACACCACAAGAAGGAUGAUAAUCUGGUUCCAGCAUGUGUGUUCGCUCUCACCAAGCCUCAGGCAGAAGCAAGCACUUUCGUGGUCUUAGGUCAGAUUUUUAUCGCUAGAAUUGAUUGUCAUGUUUUAAUUUAUUCUGGAGCCACUCAUUCUUUUGUUGCAAAGAGAAUAUUGGAUAGAUUUAAUAGACCUUAA